GGAUUCACAUAAGUAAGAUUCAUCAAUCAACGGUUACACAAAAAAACACAGCUGCACAGAUAUUUACUGAGGUUAAAAAAGGGAAUGUAAACGUAAUGAUAUGUGACCAUUGAUAUUUUCCCCUUUUCACAAAAGUCAUCUCGCAGUACUGAUAAAGAAAUGGAGUUUUUGAUAGGCGGUAUCGCAGCUUGCGGCGCGGGCCUCUUCACUAAUCCACUAGAGGUGGUCAAAACUCGCAUGCAGCUGCAAGGAGAGUUACAGGCUCGUGGACAGCAUGCCAUUCACUACAGAAAUUCCUUUCAUGCCAUCAAAACAAUAGUGAAAACAGAUGGGAUCUUGGCCAUUCAAAGUGGCCUUGUUCCAGCUUUGUGGUACCAGCUUGUUAUGAAUGGUAUUCGCCUUGGUUCCUAUCAGACUAUGUUGAAUAUUGGUAUCACAAAGGACAAACAUGGAAAUGUUUCUUUUCCAAAAAGUAUUAUCGCAGGAGCAUGUGCGGGCUGUAUGGGUGCAAGCAUUGGAAGUCCAUUUUAUAUGAUAAAAACUCACAUGCAGUCAAAAGCAGCUAAAGAAAUAGCUGUUGGACAUCAGCAUCCUCAUGAAAGCAUGUUACAUGGGCUCAGGUCAGUAUUCCAAAGCUACGGAUUCACUGGGCUGUGGAGGGGAGUGUCAGCUGCUAUUCCUAGGGUAAUGGUUGGGUCAGCUACACAGCUAUCCUCAUUUACCAAGUCAAAGGAGUAUCUUACCAAGCGUCAGAUAUUUCCUGUGAACAGCUGGUUAAAUACUUUUGGUGCCACAAUUUGCAGUGCAUUUACUGUGACAAUGUGUAUGACGCCAUUUGAUGUUGUGUCGACGCGAAUGUACAACCAAGGUAUUGAUAAGCAUGGCAAUGGAUUGCAUUACAAAAACGUAGUAGACUGUUUUGUGAAGAUUUUCCGUACAGAGGGAUUAUGGGGUUUCUAUAAAGGAUGGGGACCCUCAUUUUUGAGACUUGGACCACAUACUGUACUUAGUUUGAUGAUUUGGGACAGACUGACAGUAUUUCAUAAGAAUUUUCAGAUGAACAAAGUCAUUAAAUCAUAGCUGAACUAUUUUUAGAGUAUCCAUGCAUUAUAUUUACCAGAAGUUUGUAGUCAUUACAAAAUAUUGUGCCUUGGGAGAAAAAUCUCAGAAAAUGACAUGCCGUUAUUGAAACCGUUCCUUGUUCUGUUGAAAGUGUUUAUACAUGUAUAUAUUUUAUACUCAUGUUAAUCUCUAUUUUGUUAACAGUUUGUAUUAAACUCAGGAUAUUAAUUCUGCGAGUGAAUUUUGUUACCAGACUAUCUGAGAAAACUCAGGACAUUAAUUCUUUGAGUAAUUUUGUUAAAAUAUUUUAGAAAAUUUUUUUAAGGAAAAAAGUAUGUUUUAAUACAAAGUACAUAUACACAUUUAUCUUCGUGUUGAAAAGUAAAAAGACAAAAUUAAAAGUCCUUGAAAUUAGAAAAAAAAGUAUUCUUUGAUACCACUGGAUAUAUUUUCUUUUUUUUUAAAUCUUAUUUACCGUGUUUAAUAUAAUACAUGGUAAUUUUUUCCAACUGUAACUUUUAUUCAUCAAGAAUUUUUAUAUGUGUUGUGAAAACAGUAAUAGUAAGAAGAAAUAAAUUUAUUUAUCCUUUGUUUUACAUAUCAAUGCCAUAAACUUUAUUUCUAAACAAACCACGUGAUUAAUUUUCUUUGCAUCAGAUUGUUUAAAUUUUCUAUCUCUAAUAUUAUUUAUUUUGCACAUCUUGCAUACACAUCUAAAUAGCUAGAAUUUUUAUGUUUGAGGUAGUUACUUCCCUUCCACAGAUAUCGAUUUGAUGCACAAGAGAGAUAUUAGGGAUAUCAAUGCAUGAUGCAUAUUUGGAGAAACUGUGUACACAAUACAAUGAUUCAUUGAAUAUUUCAUUUCAGGCUCAGUUUUACUCAAGUGUUUUAAUGAAUGAAUGUAAUGUGAUGUAUGUUUCCAAGAUAUGUUUUGCUAGUAUGCAUGCAUAUGCUAAUAAACAUUAUAAAUGUUAAA